AUGAUACACUUUCUUUCUUUCAUCCAUCUAUCUAUCUAUCUAUCUAUCUAUCUAUCUAUCUAUGUCAAUGCUUUUAUACCUAUCUACGCCUAUGCUUUUAUAUCUAUCUCAGUUUGUUCAUAUCUAUCUAUCUAUCUAUCUAUCUAUCUAUCUAUCUAUGUUAUCAAAGCAAGUUCAGCAGUCACCCAACAGACUCCCGUGGGUGCAGUCGUCAUGGAACAAACACAGCUGUCUCUCGACCGGCCGGCUUCUCCGAGUAAUGAACCAAACGGAGCUGAAGGGUCCGAUUUUGGUCACUUACAAUCUCAAGACAUAUCUGUUUCAGAUAUGGGUAUCUCAAGUGCGUCAGCUAAUGAUGAUUCGAAACUCGAUUGUAUUUCAUCAAAGGUGGGAAACGAAAUAACAGAGGCAGUUGAUCACAAAGAGAAUCUUGUGGCUGAGAAUUUAGGGGAAAGUCAUUUGGCUAAAACAGAGACAGAUUUAGGGUCUUUAAGUUUGACUGGAAGCGAAUCUUCAGAUGGGCAAAAUAGCAGAAAUAUGAAAAUGGAGUCGAAAACCGAGGCUAGUGAAGUAGGGGACUUGGUAUCUGCGAAUUCGACCCCUUCAUUUGAAGAGGAUAGCAUCAGCCGUAAUUCCGAUACACGACCAACGACGAGUGAAGGAGAAACAUCAAGCGGAAAAGACGACUGUGAUUUGUUGCUGACUGACGUUUUGAAAUCUGGUUCCGUCAUGGCGGCUGAUGUUAAUGGCGCCGAUCAUAUUGAAGAAGAACAAUGGCGUGAAAAUUCCGCGUUGGAUGAAAAGGAAACAACAUUUACGGAUAACGUCGUUUCCAUUUCAGAAUUAGAACCAGCAAUUGAUGAUAGGAUUUUUAACAAAGACGACACAGGGAUAACGCGACAGAGCGAUCAGCAUCCCUCUAAACGGGAGGCCGACGAAAAUCACGUCACUAACGAAGUGUCAAAAGCGGUGGCGAUAAUACCGGCACAUUUUCAGAAAAAAUUUAAAGGCUCGGAGCUCUCAGCAACACCUCCUAAGAAAACACAUAAAAGGAAAGUAGGAAGCACUAAACUGUGUACCCAAGCAGACGAAACGGAACGAGGUGCAGCUAAGAGUCACCUUGUGCCUAACGGACUGUGUAAAUCUAAAGAUGCAGCACGAGUGACCAAGGGUCCACCAGUAGAGGAGCACAUUGUGACCCUGGACAUUGUCGGUGCCGGUAAGAAAGAAGACAGAGAAACAAAGAGCGAUCGAGUCAGCGUGUGUGUUGACAAUUCGGAUUGCGAAUCGGAAACGUCAUCAUUAUCCGAAGACACCACCUGUUGCCUUGAAAAAUUUAGGUUUGUUCGGAAGCACUUGCUGACCCUCGCCAUGGCACUCUCUCUAAUAUUCGGUGUUAUCCUCGGCUCCUGUUUACGUGACAGCAUUUCAUCUCGGGACCAGCGCCGAAUACUUUAUCUCCGCUUCCCCGGGGAAAUACUUGUUAACAUUCUUCAUAUGUUGGUCAUUCCUCUCACGUUGUCCACUUUAGUGUCCACUGUGGCUGCAAUGGAUACACGAUCAUUUCGAAAACUCGGUCUGCGUUCUUUAUUUUACUAUUUGAUCACUACUUUUAUUGCCUUAGUAACAGGGAUAAUUCUAGCCAUGGCUGCCCAACCCGGAAAGUUUGACCAAUUGUCCGGUAAAGGAAGGCCAGUUCCCAAAGUCAACCCGGUUGAUGCUGUUCUGGAUGUACUAAGAGAAUCUAUCUCAUUCUGUUCUUUAUCUAUCUAUCUAUCUAUCUAUCUAUCUAUCUAUCUAUCUAUUUCGGUUCUUUAUCUAUCUAUGUAUGUAUGCAAAUAA